UGGGCGCGGGUUGAGAGAGGAGACCGGGCCAAGGUUGCAGCGCUUGCCUGCUGGGCUGCCGGGAAGGGUAGGGGUGAGGAACCAAGCAGGGCCAGGCCAGCCCGCCCGCCGCUCCUCCAGUGGCACGACCUCGUCCCCAUCCGGAGAGGCCUCCGGACAUCAGGUGGUUCUGACGAUUUUCAGUAGCCGAGCAGCAAACUGGAAGAGGGAAGAGUGAUGACAAAGGCUCGCUGACAAGAUCGGAACCCAGGCGGUGGCCCAGCAUGGAGUAAUAGGACAGGAGUACCACGCAGAGCCCCAGGGGUUCCUGGAGGCAUUUCUCUAUAAUUGUUUACAUUUUGAUUGGAUACACUGGGAUCAUUUUCAUCAUGCCCACCGUGGUGGUAAUGGACGUAUCCCUUUCCAUGACCCGACCGGUGUCUGUCGAGGGGUCCGAGGAAUACCAGCGUAAGCACCUAGCAGCCCACGGUUUGACAAUGCUGUUUGAACACAUGGCCACAAAUUAUAAGCUUGAAUUUACAGCACUCGUGAUUUUUUCAUCUCUUUGGGAGCUGAUGGUCCCCUUCACAAGGGAUUAUAAUACCCUACAGGAAGCACUAAGUAACAUGGAUGAUUAUGACAAAACCUGCCUGGAGUCUGCAUUAGUUGGUGUUUGCAAUAUCGUUCAGCAAGAAUGGGGUGGCGCAAUUCCUUGCCAGGUGGUUCUGGUGACUGAUGGCUGUCUUGGCAUUGGCAGAGGGUCACUGCGGCAUAGCCUAGCUACUCACAAUCAGCGAAGUGAGAGCAGUAGGUUUCCACUGCCUUUUCCUUUCCCGUCUAAGUUAUAUAUCAUGUGCAUGGCGAAUUUGGAGGAGCUUCAGAGCACUGAUUCCUUGGAAUGCCUUGAACGUCUCAUAGAUUUAAACAACGGUGAAGGGCAGAUUUUUACUAUUGAUGGCCCCCUGUGCUUGAAAAAUGUGCAAUCUAUGUUUGGCAAACUAAUCGAUCUGGCAUAUACACCUUUCCAUGCUGUCCUCAAGUGUGGCCACUUAACUGCUGAUGUGCAAGUCUUCCCCAGGCCAGAACCUUUUGUUGUAGAUGAAGAAAUUGAUCCUAUCCCUAAAGUCAUUAACACAGAUUUGGAAAUAGUGGGAUUUAUCGACAUAGCUGAUAUUUCAAGUCCCCCAGUUCUGUCCAGACAUCUGGUCUUACCUAUAGCACUUAACAAAGAAGGUGAUGAGGUGGGCACUGGCAUCACUGAUGACAAUGAGGAUGAAAAUUCAGCCAAUCAGAUUGCAGGAAAAAUACCCAAUUUUUGUGUCCUGCUCCAUGGUAGCCUAAAAGUAGAAGGAAUGGUGGCGAUUGUUCAAUUAGGUUCUGAAUGGCAUGGAAUGCUCUACUCCCAGGCUGACAGCAAGAAGAAAUCAAACCUCAUGAUGUCUCUCUUUGAGCCUGGCCCAGAACCUCUUCCAUGGCUCGGGAAAAUGGCACAGUUAGGUCCUAUUUCAGAUGCUAAAGAAAACCCCUAUGGUGAGGAUGACAAUAAGAGCCCAUUCCCCUUGCAGCCCAAAAACAAACGCAGUUAUGCCCAGAAUGUGACUGUCUGGAUCAAACCCAGUGGCCUGCAGACAGAUGUACAGAAGAUUUUAAGAAAUGCAAGGAAACUACCUGAAAAAACACAGACAUUCUAUAAGGAACUGAACCGUCUGCGAAAGGCCGCCCUGGCCUUUGGUUUCCUGGACCUGCUGAAAGGGGUGGCAGACAUGCUGGAGAGGGAGUGCACCCUGCUGCCUGACACAGCCCACCCCGAUGCAGCAUUCCAGCUGACCCACGCGGCCCAGCAGCUCAAGCUGGCCAGCACAGGCACCUCUGAGUAUGCCAUGUACGACCAGAACAUCACGCCUCUGCACACAGACUUCUCUGGUAGCAGCACUGAGAGGAUGUGACACUCACUUUCAGAGCCUUCUUUUUUCAGUGGAAAAUGAUUUUGAGCAAAAACCUUUCCAGUGCGUUCACAUUGGCAACAGCCACCCGGGACCCCCAAGGCUGCAACAGAAGCAUCUGUGCUGUGCUGAAUGACUCUAGUAUGCAGAGAGCCUGAAGCAUGGUUGGCUGGUUGGGCUCUCACUUCGUGGGGCUCAUGAUUUUUAAGCCUAAAAGACAGCUACCGCUGCCAUUACGGGCACAGCUCCCAAGACACUCGGAGACGAGACAGAACUCCAGCUUUCGCAGGAAACCUGGACAGCCAGGGUCCUCUGGCUUCCAGAAAGCAUCUUCUCUCCAGCUUUCUGCCUCAACUCUAAGGACUCUUUCAUGCUUCUGUUCUUGGUAGAAGCCACUCUGUAGUCUGGGGCUUGCUAAGCACAAACUCAACACCAUGAAAUUUCAGAACUUUCCUUAGAACUUGGGUAAAAGCUGGGU